AUGGCUGGAGAUAAAAUUUAUAAAAGAGAAGAAGUUAAAGAACAUACAACAGCUUCAUCAUGUUGGAUAAUUAUUAAUAAUCAAGUUUUAGAUGUAACUAAAUUUUUAGAUGAGCAUCCUGGUGGUUGUGAGGUUCUUUUAGAACAUGCUGGUAAUGAUGCUACAGAGGCUUUUGAGGAUGUUGGACAUUCAACUGAUGCACGACAAAUGUUACCUGAAUAUAUUCUUGGUGAUGUUGUUGAGGAAGAAAAAUGGGCCUAUACUACAUCUAAAAAAAGUACUGAUAAAGAUGGUAAUACAGAAAUAGUUACACAAGGACCAAUUGAGACACUGAUUUAUCCUGCUAUGCUUGUAAUUAUUGCUGCAUUUGUCUAUUACUUAUUAUUUAAUUAA